GUCUUUGCUGCCAAUAACAGAUGGCAUAUCGGCAACUUCGUAUACAACACGUAACUAUGUGAACAUCGGGUGCUUUAAAACUUCGUUAAAAUUUACUUUUUGGAAAAGAAUUUAGUUUGUCGGUAAUUUCUGUGAUAAAGAGAAGUAGGAAAAUCUAUCCGAAACUACGAACAACAUGGAUGCUGAUCUUGAUUAUGACAAAGGUAAUCAGUACAUUGAUAACAUGAUGCUGGAAGCUGCGAAGGGUUAUUCCAUCUGCGCUGUCUGUUAUGAGACACUUAUACCCCCCAUUUAUCAAUGCUGUAACGGGCACGUAAUGUGCUCCAACUGUGCCAAAAGAAUCAAUAAAUGUGUGGAAUGCAGAGUGCCCAUGUCACAAUCGGCAAAAAUACGGAACAUUGCACUGGAGAAAAUUCUCAACAAUUUGCGUGUUGACUGCACCAACAAGAAUGAGGGAUGUGCGGUUCAAUUGAGUAUUGAGUCGUUGAGAGAUCAUUUACAAGAUUGCCCUUUCACGCCGUUCAACUUUUGUUCAAAUCUGUUGGGAAAGAAGGACUGUACAAUCAAAGUAAAUGACUUUACGACCGUCUCCCAUUUGGAUGUAUGUCAUUCAGUGACGAAAGUGCACAGCGAUACGUUCCGUUUGUGUCUGAAUGUUUCCAAAGUUUGGGUCGGUAGUCAAAACGAUAUCUUCUUUGAACCAGUUUUGGUAACAUCAAUUGAAGUACCGCUGUUGAUCCGGUCGGUAGUGUCUACCGAUGAAUUCUUCACGUUCGCCGGCUUCGCGCUGAAAAGCAAUGAAGAGGAUCUGCAGAACAUCCGAUUGAAAUUACGAAUUGGGUCGAAGUCAAACAAAGUCCAUUGCGAGUGGCAAGGAUUGGUGCAGUCAUACAGAAAAUUUCAAGAAAAGAACAUUACGAACAGUUUUCGCAUUUCUGUGGAUUCCAUACGAGAAAUUUUGCGUAUGGAUCCUCAAGAAAAUGAUGCGAUAAUUGUCCACGUUUUUGUGUGGGAAACAUCUGUCUUAUCGCAGGAAGAUACCAGCAUUGAAGAGGAGGUGCACAUUUUUGAACAGAGUCAACGUCCAAGAAAUAUUCCGAACUCGCAGCCAGGUCCAGCAUCUGGACUAAGUCCGUUGCCGUUAACCCAGCGGUCGAACGGAAACCAGUUACAAAACCAAGAUUCUGAGGAAUAUCUCAACUUAUACUACUCGCCUUUCGAAAGUGGCAAUUAACUCGUUCAGUAAUUUUGAUUCACAAAAUGUUGAAUUCCGUUGAAAUUUGUCGAGAUGACGAAAAUACAAACUUACGA